AUGGCCGAUGCAGCAGACGAUGACUUGGCACCCGUUGUUCGCCCAAGGGAGCAGCAGGGAGGGCUGCCAACGAUCCUGACGCAUCUCCUCACCCUGCAAGCCCGCGCCCGCCGAGAGCUGUACUCGCAUCCGUCCAAUGCCCUUUCCAUCUUCCGGCUUCUUCCUCCCCUCGCCAGGCACCUCAUCCUUGUCCUUCUCUUUCUCCCGAAUGGGCCCAAUGGCCUGCCUCAACUACCUUCGGAUGACGAUGAGGGAGCAGGGACGAGCAGCAAAAAGUCCAAGAGCCAGAGGGCACUGGACGAAGCGAAGGAGUUGUUGUCGGAUCUGGGUAUCAUCGUCGAGGCGAAGCAAGUUGUCAGCUUGAAUGGGAUAUGGACCGACUCACUUAAGAGGGCCUUGACCGGAGGCGGCGACCAUCGGUCUUUUGGCGUACCGAGCCAGCCUGGCGAGUCGCAAAGAAUACCCAUUAGCCGUCUUGACCAGUAUGCGCUUCGAUCGUGGGAGUCUAUCUUGCUAUACAUGGUCGCUUCGAUUGACGCGCGCACCCCUUCAAAAGAAGUCCUGCUGCUCCUUCGUCAAGCCGGUCUCAUGCAGCCGGAAGCCCCGCGGAGCGAGAAUCUCUACACAAUGGGCAUCACCUCGGACGGCUUCCAGUUUCUCCUCAACGACGUACCCACGCAGCUUUGGACCCUGCUCGAGACGUACCUCCGUUUUCUAUCGUCUGAACGCAAUUCGACAAGCGAUGUUGUGGAACACCUCACUUUCCUCUUCACUCUCUCCUCGGCCACCCUCGGCCAGGACUACGAGAUCUCGGCCUUGGCGCCAUCACAGAGGGGCAUGCUCGAAUUUUUCCGUGACAUGGGCCUCGUCUAUAUGAAGAAUGAGCGCAGCAGAAGCUUCUACCCGACGCGCCUCAUCACGACACUCACCAGCUUCGGUGCAACGCCCUUGAUUGGCGGCGGCGGCGGUACAGAGGAAGAGAGGGGUUUCGUGAUUCUCGAGACGAACUACAAGGUGUAUGCAUACACAAGCAACAAGUUGCGCAUCGACGUCCUCAACCUCUUUGUGCAUAUCAAGUCUCGCUUUCCGAAUCUUGUGACGGGCGUCAUUACAAGGGACAGCGUCAAGGAGGCUUUGAGCAAUGGUAUAGGUGCCGAGCAGAUCAUCAUGUACCUCACCCACCACGCUCAUCCGCAGAUGUUUAAAAACGACCCUCUGCUUCCCGUCACCGUCACUGACCAGAUCCGGCUGUGGGAGCGCGAAAAGCGGCGAAUCAGAGCGGAGGAGGGAUUCCUGCACGAGGAAUUUGGCAGCGGUGCGGACUUCGAGCUGGUUCGCACGUACGCCGACAACAUGCGCGUGCUCCUCUGGUCCGAUUCGGCCAAGAGGAGGAUGUUUAUUUCAAAGCAGGGGAAUGACACCGUCAAGGAAUUCAUUAGGCGGAGACUCAUCGACAGGGCAGGACAGAGUAUGCCCCUUCAUUGA